AUUGACACAGAAUGACUGAGGUCUACUGUAGCACAGGUGCCCUGACGUUUAAGGAUGGGAACUUUAUCCUGGACGGGAAACCCCUGCGGAUCUUUAGCGGGACCAUGCACUACUUCCGGGUAGUUCCGCCUUACUAGAGGGACCGCUUCCGGAAGAUGAGGGCGUGUGGACUUAACACGGUGGAAACAUAAUUUAUCAACAUCCCCCCUCCGAAAAAAAGAUCAACACAAAACAUAUUAAGAAAAAACAAAACACAGACAACAAUUUUAAAGUUGGUAUAGGAUAUAUUGUAACUUAGUUCCUACGAAAAAACAUUAAACUCAAGUAUAACUUAAAGAAGAUGGGUGGAUAAGGCGUGUAAAAUGCCCAUACGCGGUCGGACAGGCUACUGAAAAAUUAAAGUAUAAAUAAAUCUGAUGGAUUUUUUUAAAAUCAUUUAAAACAAUAUAUAUUUAACAAAUCAUUGAUUUUUAACCUGUAGGUAUGUUCAAUACUUGGAAUAUGUUGAUUCAAACAGGCGUAUACGUAUCAAAAGCUGCAAAUACUGUCAUUUUUUAGAACUUCAAAGCAUUUUCUUUUAUAGAGUGGGUCCGUGCUCCAUAUUUUUCUCAUAGUCUAAUUAAGGUCUAUUGGAAAACAAACUGAUUUCAAUCAACAAAAACGUAUUAAAAAUAUCAUUUUGUAUCCCAACAAUUGAACGUUUUGAAAAAAUAAUACAAGUCCGGUAGUUCGUGGCCUGAGUCACACAUAUUUAAAAAGCCCACUUUGUUGUGUCUGAAAUGGCUCAGUGGUUAGAGUACCUGGCAUAAGCUAACAUUAUAUAUCUAGGGUUUUAAUGUUACGGGUUCGAUACCACUAAAAUUUCCGACAAUAUUUUUUUUUCUUAUUUUCUGUUAGAUAUAUUAAGAACUGACUGUAGUUAGAAAUUUUGCCUUUGAAAAAUUGUAUUAUAAUAUAUUUGAAUAGAUUUAAUUGGGGAAAAAUAAAUUCAAAAUUGUAUUUCACUACUAAACCGAAUGGGCAUUUGCGCCAUCUUAUUUCCCCAUCUUCUUUAUGAAAUUUCCUUCCCACAGAAUUGUUACUUAACAGCGUAGUUGCAGUGGGUUAGAGGUUUAUUACCACGAAGCUGUCAUGAGUUCCAUAUAUACCGCUGGGGCUUUUAUAAUUUUUACUUUUCCCAAAAAUUUUAAAACAUUUUAAAGUCAACUUCAAAUGUACUGUAAAAUUUAAAAAUUCUAAAAAGGUGAAAGUAUUUUGAUUAUCAUGUACUUUUAUCAACAUUAAUAUAUACAAGAGUUCCAUAUCACAUCAAUCGUAGGAGCAUGGUAACGAUUUGAGCUAAAUUUAAUUUUCUCGAUCCUUUUUCGUUGUAACAAUGCUUAAUAAAGGUUUUCUAAAUUAUAAUCGAAGUUUGAAUGUCAGCUGUCGAGUUGUAAGCCAGUGUGCGCGGGAAAAAGAACGUUGUCUACGUCCCAUAAUGCUCUCCAAUGGAUUCACCCGUGGUGCUAUGCCAAAAUGGCCGACUUUUAACUCGUAAUUUACGGUGUCUUAAAGAUUGAAGACACGUUUUGAGUACCGCAUUUGCUUUGGCGCGACUCAAAAGAUUUGUUACACACAAUCCCAAUAUUUUCCACAUGUGCUCUUUUAGAUAUCUGUUCCUCUGAGGAUUGACCCAGAAUGACCGAGGUCUACUGUAGCACAGGUGCCCUGACGUUCAAAGAUGGGAACUUUAUCCUGGACGGGAAACCCCUGCGGAUCUUUAGCGGGACCAUGCACUUCUUCCGGGUAGUUCCGGCCUACUGGAGGGACCGCUUCCGGAAGAUGAGGGCGUGUGGACGUAACACCGUGGAAACGUAUGUACCAUGGAACCUACACGAGGAGUAUCCGGGGGAGUUUAAUUAUUCCGGAAUUCUGGACGUCAGGGAGUUUAUCCGACAGGCGGGGGAAGAGGGGUUGUUUGUGAUCUUUAGACCAGGCCCCUACAUCUGUGCCGAGUGGGACUGGGGAGGAAUGCCCAGUUGGCUGCUAAAGGACCCUGACAUAAAGGUACGGAGCAACUAUCCCCCGUACGUAGAGGCCGUCAAACGCUUCUAUAAUGACCUGAUCCCCAGAAUCACCGACCUUCAGCGUUCUAAUGGUGGACCAAUCAUAGCCGUGCAGGUAGAGAACGAGUUUGGUUCCUAUAGCACCGAGGUUGAACACCUACACACCAUUAGAGAGAUCCUACUAAACAAUGGGAUUAAGGAACUCCUCUUGACGUCAGAGAAUAUAUUUGGAUUAAAGAGAGCUCCAUUUUAUAAAUACGCCCUGCCCACCGCUAACUUCCCCUCCAUGGAAGACGGAAGCAAGCUGUUCCGGAUGAUCCGGGAAUGGAGUCCCGAAUUUCCUCUGAUGGUGAUGGAGUUUUGGCCCGGCUGGUUUGACCACUGGGGACAGCCCCACAAAGGACUAGAUAUCCCUGCUUUUGAGGCGUGUCUGUCGGGGGUGCUAGACGCCGGGGGGUCCUUCAACAUGUACAUGUUCCACGGAGGGACCAACUUCGGCUUUAUGGCGGGAGCAAACUACUUCGAGGGGUCCCACUAUAAACCUGACGUCACCAGCUAUGAUUAUGACGCGCCAUUGUCGGAAGCAGGGGACAUCACUCCAAAGUAUAUGAGAGCAAGAGAAAUUAUCUUAGAGAAAGGCCUCAAACCCCAGGGAAUAACGUCUUUGCCAGAAAUUCCUCCUAAUUUACCAAAGAAAGCUUAUGGUAAAAUAGCAUUAUCCCAGUAUUUAGAUUUCAGGACAGUUUUAUCUCUAAUGACCCUAAUAACGUCUAAAGAACCGGCGUUAAUGGAGAACCUUGACUACCACCAGGGCUAUGGCCAAUGUUUCGGUUAUAUCUUAUACCAGGCAGAGAUCCAGGCUGGAACGGAGCUAUCGUUUACAGACAUACCCAAAGACAGAGCACAGGUUUUUGUCAAUGGGGAAGAGAAAGCCGUACUCGACUGGCUGAGUACAGACAAAAAGAUCAACAUAGGACAGAUCUCAGAUGGGAGCAGGUUAGAGAUCUUGGUGGAGAACCACGGGCGAGUGAAUUAUAUUGAGUAUGGGUCCAAUAGAUUCAACGAAGAGAGGAAAGGUAUUUGUGGAUCUGUAAAAUUGGAUGAAAAGGAAAUCAAGCAAUGGCGAAUUUUUCCGUUAGAUUUCAAAUCCAAAUUCCUUGACAGCUUUCAUCGUUGUUCCAAUUGGAAGUCACCCGUGGAGGGUGUGAGGGGGCCUCUAGUUGCCAAGACAACGUUACAUAUAGAUUCGUCUCCAUGUGAUACUUUUCUUGAUAUGAAGGGUUGGAAUAAAGGCAUCGUGAUACUGAACAACUUUAACUUGGGGAGAUACUGGAAAGUCGGGCCCACGAGGACCCUGUAUAUUCCAGCCCCGCUGCUGAAACAGGGUCAAAAUGAGAUCCUAAUUUUCGAGCAGCACGAGUCAUGUGGUACUGUCAGUUUUAUUGAUGCCCCUCUGCUGGGAGAGAAAGUGGUCACUAAGGAAGUCGACUCUGCAUGCUACCCCACAGAGUCUGUAUAACCAACCCGACCAAACAGAGUCUGUUUCGCGAACCCGACCUCAUCGAGUCUGAUUAAAUACCCUGACAGGAGGGGGUUGAAUGAUAAAAAAGUGUGAUAUUCAACGAAUUGUUUGAAAUGUUGUAAAUCAACAUUUUGCAUCGAAUGUCUGUAUAAUAUGAUCAAAUGAAUAUUUGCUGCAUGUUAACAUUUAGAAUGAUGAAAUAUCGCUGAGUAAUAAAGAAGUAGGGGAACAAAAGAAAGCCAGACUAGAAUUGCAAUUUUGUUAUUUAAAAUACCGUAAAUCUGAAUUUUUCUGAAGGAUGCUUUUUUGCAAAGUUUUGCAGUAAAGCCUCCAUUGCAAAAAUAAAAAAAAAACAAUCGCAAAGUAUACAUUAGAAAAAGUCCAUUAGAACCCCUUUUUAAAGACCCUCUGUAGAGCCCAGACCUGUAAAUACAUGUAUCUUCAGUAAUUGUAAUUAUAGCGUUAAAAAGAUAAUGGCUUUCAAUUAAGGUACAUCACAUGUACACCAAAACAUGUACGUUUAAGACACUCAAUCGAUUUGGUUGAAUAUCGUCAUAGCUCAUUAGUUAAAGUAUCGGGCUCUUGUUCACAGAUAGUGAGUUCGAAUCUGUGAGGAGGCUUUUGUUCACAUUUUAUAAAUUAAAAUUUUCAAAAUGAUUUUUUUAUCCAAUUUUUUGCACAUUUUUUGCCUAUUAUUUGAUUAUUUUUCUUA